AACGGAUUUGGACUUAAAGUGAAGAUAGGAGAAUUUAGCCCAUAUUUUCCACAUGGUCAACAGCUCCAUUUAUAUGAAGACAUGAUAGAGUGGGCCACAGGAAAUAGACAGAUGCCACCCUCUGUGUGCAGUGCUGAUUGUGGUCCUGGAUUCAGAAAAUUCUUUCAGGAGGGAUUUGCAGCCUGCUGUUUUGAUUGCAUUCCCUGCCCAGAAAAUGAAGUUUCUAAUGAGACAAAUGUGGAUAAAUGUGUGAGGUGUCCAGAGGACCAGUAUGCUAACAGAGAGCAGGACCAGUGCAUUCACAAAGCCGUGAUAUUUCUGAACUACAAAGAUCCCUUGGGGAUGGCUCUGGCCUUAAUGGCCCUGUGCUUCUCUGCAUUCACAGUUCUGGUGCUUGGGAUCUUUGUCAAGCACCAUGACACUCCCCUUGUGAGGGCCAACAACCGGAAUCUUAGUUACAUAUUGCUCAUCUCACUCAUGUUUUGUUUCUUGUGCCCCUUGCUCUUCAUUGGUCAACCCAGCUCAGCUACCUGUGUCCUGCAGCAAAUCACAUUUGGAGUUGUAUUCACUGUGGCUGUUUCCACUGUGUUGGCCAAAACAGUGACUGUGCUGCUGGCCUUCAUAGUCACUGGACCUGGAAGGAUGAGAUACUUUCUGCUUUUAGGGGCACCCAACUACAUCAUAGCCAUCUGUACCCUCAUCCAAAUUAUUCUCUGUGCAAUUUGGCUUCGAGUUUCUCCUCCCUCUAUUGACAUUGGCAAACACUCAGAGCAUGGCCAAAUCGUCAUUGUUUGUGACAAGGGCUCAGUUACUGCAUUUUACUGUGUCUUGGGGUUCCAUGGCUCCCUUGCCUUAGGGAGCUCCAUUUUGGCUUUCUUAUCAAGGAAUCUCCCUGACAAUUUCAAUGAAGCCAAGUUGCUAACCUUCAGCAUGCUGUUGUUCUGCAGUGUCUGGGUUACUUUUCUCCCUGUCUACCACAGCACCAAGGGCAAGGUCAUG